AUAUUUUAAAAGUUUGUCAGUAUUUUUUUUAAAUUUUGAUAAAUUAUUAAAAUUAUUUACCAAGCAUUUCAUAUUCCUUCACCCACUUCAGUCUGCCGAAUUUCGAAUUGGAAUUAUUGGGUUUUUUAUGAGUUAUAUAAGAGAAUUUAAUAUUAUAUAAUUUAAAAUUUAUACAGGAAAGGCGCAGAUAAGAAUUGAGUAAUAUAGAAUGAAGGCAACUGGUGUACCAAGAUGGCGUCCGAGUCAGGCCAUUAUUCAUAAUGGGUAAUUGCUGUACCGAUAACCAUUUGAAUUCGGCUGGAGCAUUAUUAGACGAAAUUGUUAGCCAACCGGAUUGUGGAUUAGAUAAUCGCCUUUAUAAAUUGAUCGAUUAUCAAAAAGGUGGUAAAUUAGUCGAUGCUUACGAAAGAGGUGGAAGCAAAGAAGUCGAAUGUUUGGCUAAGAAAGAACUUAAAGAGUACAUGUGCGAAGACGGAGAAGGAAUGAAUCUUACUUACGAAUACUAUAAUAAAUGGAAACAUUUAAAUGACGAUUGCCAGGCCGUGAUUCAGAUGGAAGAAACAUUCAACUCGAAUUGUCAAGUGCCAAAAUUUACAGAGCACCAAAUCUGUUGGAAGUUAGAAUACAGAGGACUUCUCGGAGAAUCGAUUCUUCACGUUCUUAUAUUAUGCAAUUCCAAGAUUCAUACAAGAAUUGCUAAAGUGCUCCUUCGUCUUUACCCGCAUCUUGCAUGGGAUAUUAUAGAAGGAGAGGAAUAUUUUGGGGCCAGCGCUUUACACCUCGCAAUAGCGUAUCAUAAUACGGACAUAGUGAAACAAGUGGUGGAAUGUGGUGCUAAUGUUAAUCAGCGUGCAACCGGCCGAUUUUUUCUUCCUCACGAUCAGCAAAACGUUUCCGCUAAGAAACAAACAAAUUUUAUUGGUUUAUGCUAUUUGGGAGAAUAUCCUUUGGCAUGGGCGGCGUGUUGCGAUAACGAGCCCGCUUAUAAUCUGUUGCUGGCCCGCGGUGGUGAUCCAAAUAUGCAAGAUUCGUUCGGAAACAUGAUCUUGCACAUGGUCGUCAUUAGAGAUAAAUUAAAAAUGUAUGGAUACGCAUUAAGACACCCGCAGAAACCGGCAAAAGAUUGUAUUCUCAAUAAUUACGGCCUUACUCCGUUAACAUUAGCGUGUAAAUUGGGAAGGAACAAAAUAUUUCGAGAAAUGUUAGAUCUUAGCGCAAUCGAAUUUUGGAGGUAUACAAAUAUCACUUGUUCUGGCUAUCCAUUAAAUGCUUUAGAUACGAUUCUGCCAAAUGGUAAAACAAAUUGGAAUUCGGCAUUAAUGAUUAUUUUAGAUGGUCAAACAAAUGAACAUUUAGACAUGUUGGACGGAGGAGUGAUACAAAGAUUACUGGAAGAAAAAUGGAAAACCUUUGCUCGACAACAUUUCCUUAAAAGGCUCGUUUUCAUAUUCCUUCAUUUGAUCACUCUGGGCAUUGCUGUUUUUUUAAGACCUCAUUCUGAUCAGCCUUUGAUUGGAACUACCGACGUGUGGUCAAUUUGUAGGUAUUGUUUCGAAAUUAUAUCGUGCCUCGGUUGUGUGAUUUUCGUUAUAUUUCAACAAGGACAAGAAAUACUAGCGCAAGGAAUAAUGGGCUUCCUGUUCAGCUUGACCAACCCUUCCAAAGCUGUAUUUAUUGUUUCCAAUAUCCUCAUCCUCGCGUGUAUUCCUUGUCGUAUAUUAGAAGAACGGUAUAUAGAGGAUUGUUUUCUGUCGAUUGCGCUGCCUGGAACAUGGUUUUUCCUUAUUUUCUUUGCGGGAGCAAUGCGGUUAACAGGACCAUUUAUAACGAUGAUUUACAGCAUGUUAGUGGGAGAUAUGUUUCGUUUCAGUAUUAUAUACGUCAUCUUUUUGCUUGGAUUUACGCAAGCCUUCUUUUUCUUAUUCAAGUCGUCGAAAAACGAAAGAUUUGAAUCAUUUCCUCAAACGUGGAUGUCACUUUUUCAUAUGACUCUCGGAUUUUACGAAUACGGCGAUUUAGGGCAAACUUAUUAUCACAUGAUGACGAGAUUAGUAUUUGUAUCGUUUAUGGUUAUCAUGCCCAUUCUUUUAUUGAAUAUGCUGAUCGCCAUGAUGGGUAAUACUUAUUGUAAAGUGAUCAUUCAAUCCGAGAGAGAAUGGAUGAGACAGUGGGCUAAAAUCGUAGUGGCUUUAGAACGUGCCAUCGAUCAAAAGCGAGCUAAGGAAUUCUUGGAAAGUUAUUCGAUAAGCUUGGAUUCUGGAAACGACAGUACUAUGGAGCAGAGGGCCGUUAUGGUUAUUAAAAGUAAAGCUAAAACGAAAGCCAAGCAAAGAAAGGGCGCUCUAAUGAAUUGGAAGAGAAUAGGAAAGAAAAUCGUACAAGAAAUUAGGCAGUGCGGCGGAACAGCAGACGGUGUUCAUCAGAAAUUCCACACUCAAGCUAAUCUCCUAGCUCCAAAGUUCCAUUACGCAAUACGAAGUGACGAAUCAGAAAACGAAGCCGUCGGAACUCCCAUUGUGAAAGACGGACUAGGCGACGCCUUGCAUCAAUUAGUAUUUGCUCACGACUUAGAUAUUAGUUUAAGUGCCGCAACGCCACCUCCGUCUUCACCAUCGAGACUCGAAACUAAUGCGAGUGAAGAAGCGGAUAAACCCACUUUAGAUAAUGGAAAUGGUAAAGAUAACGAAGCAUUUGUGAAUGAUGUAAAAGACGAAAUCAUCGAAGACAAGUCUCGAGUCCUCAUUGCAGAUUUAACAAAUUCAGAAUUUAACACUGCAGUGUGUGAUUUUAAAAUGGAAAUUGCCAAAAAAGACUUAGCAAAAAUUAAAUUAAAAAAGCACCAUCAAAGGAAACUCCUUCUUCAUAGAACGAAAAUCGGAAUCAUCGAAGAAGACGUCGAAGAAGAAUCUAGAAUUCAAAAUGCAGAAAACACGGAGCUUCGAGUACUUUCUGACGUGAAACCGAAAAGGAAAUUAACGUCAGCUUUCAGAAGAAGCUUGAAGAACAGGCGUAGGAAACAAGUGGAAUACGGUAGCAGCGAUACGGACAGUUUGCAAAAUAACUUAACGGAAAAUCAUAUUACUAAACAUAAAAGAAAAUGUCGCAAGCAUAAGUGUCAGAAAUCAUUAAAAUCUGAAAUGGUAACGAGAAAUAUUACAGAAAACCACACCCAAGUAAAGGCCGAUCUUGCACCUUGGAGUACAGAAAACGUGGUAGCCAUGACGUCCAUCGUUCAUUGGGACGACGAGCUUCAAAUGUUUUAAAUAUUUUUAUAGAAAAUAUCUUCUUUUAUAACGUUUAUUUUAUACUUAGUAUAACUUUCAUUUAUAAUUCUUAAUAGUGAAAUUAUUAAGAAAUUAUCGGAAUGUAUUGUAUAUACAAGGUGGUCCAAAAUUCAGUUACCCACUGUUUUAUGCAAAUACUGAAGAUGAUUAACUGAUUUUUGAUCCAACUUGUAUAUAAAUGUGUACAUACAUAAAAUGUCGAGUGAGAUGUUCAAACUUCCUUGAAUUAAACUGCCAAAGAACCAUAAUUACAAGUGCAAGUCGUAUUUUGAUUUUGAUCGACAUCUUUCAAUAUAAACACUGCUCAAAACUUAAUUCUCAUUACAAAUUACAAAGAUAUCAAUUAUGUGUCUAGGCUUUCAAGUGUUCACCAUUCAAUCAUUUAUUUUUACCGAUUUUAUAUGUUUUGAAGAAAUAUGAGCGAAUAAUACAGUGCCUUCUCUCGUGAUUUACAAUUAAGCAAUAUUAUACAAUUUUCAUAAUAAAUAUAUAAGACAAUGUGAAAUUGAAUGCAAAGUUGAAAAUUCUAAAAUUUAUAGUUUAAUGCAAUGUUCAAGGAUCUGCCAAGAUCUCGGCACACAUUCAACGUUGAGUAGGAUAUACGUGCGGGUUCCAAAGUUAAUUGUAACGUUGGAUAUCUGAGGAACUAGCGGAGACUCGAUUGCAGUAUUGAAGAUUUGCCAGGACCUGUAAAUCAAAUGCAAAGUAGAAUGCAAUUUGAGGAUUUGAAAGUUGAGGAUCCGAAAACAGAAGUAAAGGGUAAAACCCUAGAACGGGUGAAAAGGAUACAAUGUUCGAAAUUGUUUAGAUCAUCAGCGAAACAAACAACUAAAUCCAAGUAUUUUUUACGUUUAAUGUAAUUUUUAAUUUAAUAAAAGCUCAAAUCGUGGGAACAAAACUUAAAACUCUAACAAUAAAACGUUAUAUUAC